AUGGGGAACUGUAUUAUGGGGUCGCGGCAUUAGAAAGGUUGAGAACCACUGGUAUAGGGUCUCCUGUUCGAGUAGGAGUUGGACUAGAAGACCUCCAAGGUCUCUUCCAGCUCUUUUCUGAUUGACCUCUUACAUCCCAUUGCUUGAGAAGUUUUUCAGAACUUUGCUUUCAAACAAUGCCAACAGCCUCUUUGGAAGGUACAAAGAGUUACCAACUACACACAAUUUAUGCAUUUGUAAUAACAGGUGGAAAAUUUGACUCGUUGUUUAAUACAUUACAAUCUUUUGUCAGGAACCCAGGCUAGAUUUAUUACAUCCUUGUUAUGCCAGUUGAAUCAGUGCAGCCUAGAAGAAAAGAUGUGUUGUCUGAUGAAGGUAUAAGCAUAAUGAAAGAAUUUGCACUGUUUGCAAUGGCUGCAAAGAAAGAUGCCAAAGCACAUUUUGACAAAAUAGUGCUGUUAAUAUUAGCAGGGGAUGUGUUGAACUAAUGUGAUUGCUGUAAUUUCAUAUAUGCUUUAUUAAACUUUAUGGCUGCAAAUAAAUAUUUAAAUAAAUGUGCAAUAAGUAAACAAUCUUUUGGUUCCUAAUGAACAUGAUUUACAAUAGACAUCAUGGCAAUAUUUUAAUACGGCAGUUGUUUUAAUAGGAUAUUCUCAUAUUUUUUGAGUAGCUUUUUGUCCACACAAUCUCUACGUCAUAGAAGUAACGUCAAAGUCAAAAGUUCUCCUCGCUUUUGCUAUUUGAUUGCUACGUCUGCUGCGCAAGGGGCCAAACUCUAGCAAGGCAACUCUAGCAGCCACUUGGUAGUUCGCAGGGCUGAUUUGACUUCCGCUUGGUAGCUCCUCCCAUAAUUUGUCAGAACUUUGUGACUAUUAUUAUUUCAUGGUGUACAAUAUUGAUUUUCCACCCCCCCCCUUGCGCUGCGAUUGGCUGCAUCUGAUGAUGGGACGUGUGCUGCACGAAAUGUGUUCCUGUAGUUUGAAAAAGGCACAACGCGACUGAGCAAGAGAGGACAAAUCCCUGCAGUUAAGCUUGGCGAGGUUUUCAAAACUGGUUUGCUGUUGUCUCAUUCCUAGUGCUGAGAGGGUGUGAUUGGCUCAAAGUCGGGACCCAGUUGGCACCGUAUCUAAAGCCGGACUAGAAUUGCUUCUGUUUUGACGUCUUAAAAACUUACGCGCACCAAUUAUUUCGCUUUCUGAUGUUUAAAAACUACAUUUCCCAGAAACCCUCACCGCGUAGUUUUAUUCUCCACCCUGAAUCCUUUGGACUGUAAACUGGAAGCCAAAAGUCCAGGGAACAAAAUAAACAGGCACCGGCGCUGCGCGGACGCAAAGGGAAUCUGCCUGGCUUUAGCAAACCUGCUCUGAUGGCUGCGCGCAUUCUGGUCUUGCCUUCUCCCGCCUGCCUGUAUGACGAUCCCAAUCAGGUGAAGAUCGAGGGCCUCUCCCCGCUGCAGGAGGUCACAGUUGCAGCCUCUUUGGUGGAUGAAGGCGGUAACCUUUUCCAAUCGUGCGCUUACUAUCGGGCUGAAAGUAACGGAGAAUUGGACCUCAGCUACUCCCCUUCCUUGGGUGGGAGCUACUCUGGGGUUGAGCCCAUGGGCUUACUGUGGACGUUGGAAUCCAAGACUCCCUAUAAGAGAUUGAGGAAGAGAAACGUCCUCACCCCUUUCUAUGUCACCUAUGAGGUGUACGACGGGCGCGGGGUCACCGGCUCGCUCCUUUGCAGUUGCCACAGCGAGAGGCACUUCGUGGGCGAGGGCGUGAAAAGAGUGCCCAUCCGAGAAGGCCGGCUCAGAGCCACGCUUUUCUGCCCGCCGGGUCCUGGACCUUUCCCAGCUAUUAUUGACUUGUAUGGAUCUGGAGGCGGACUUGUUGAGUACAGAGCAAGUCUUUUGGCAAGCAGGGGUUUUGUUACACUGGCACUUGCUUUUUUAGCUUUUGAAGAUCUGCCAGCUUUUCCAGAGUUCAUUGACUUAGAUUAUUUUGGUGAAGCAAUAAAGUUCUUGCAGAAAGAACGAAAGGUUAAAUCCAUGAAAAUUGGAGUCCUGGGACUAUCUAAAGGUGCAGAUCUCGCCCUUGCUUUAGCUGCAUUUUGGCCAGACAUCCAAGCUGCUGUCAGCAUUUCUGGCUCGGGGGUAAAUACUUUCAUCCCCUUGAAAGUGAAAGAACAUAUCAUUCCACCCCAUCCUUAUGACUGGAGGAAGAUGAAACCUACUGAAAAUCCAAAUGUAGUAAAUUUGUAUGAAACGAUGGAUGACCCCAAAGACCCAUCUACCUGGCCAAGUCGCAUCCCUGUUGAAAAGUCCUUAAGCAAGUACCUCUUCAUAUGUGGACAGGAUGACAAAAACUGGAAAAGUCAAAUGUUCUGCCAAGGAGCUGUUAGUUGCCUUCAGCAGCACGGACGCCACGUGGAGUUCUAUUGCUAUCCCGGAGCUGGUCACCUUCUGGAGCCCCCUUAUAUGCCCUUGUGCCAUAUUUCACUCCACAAGCUAAUGGGGUGUUUUGUAGUCUGGGGCGGAAAGUGGAAAGAACACGCAGAGGCACAGGAAGACGCCUGGCAAAGAAUAUUGGCCUUUUUCAGACAACACUUGCUGGAGUCAACUUUGAAAAGUACUUUAUAGGGUACAGUUUUGUGCUUGCAUGUAAGAAAUGCAACAUUGCCUGUCCUACUUUAGAUGUCAGUUGGUAACCAAGUUAAACUCAGAGUGAUGGCCUUUAGAAAAUAUGUUUUGCCAUUUUCAGGUACACUAAUGGGGCAUAGCAGUUUUCACUACUUUGGUGAAAACUCUUCCAGCUAUUCAUUUUCCCUCAUUGACCAAGAAAUGAUCAGUCUAUAAUUUUAAUGAUAGGUUUAUUUUAACAAUGAGAGACA